AAUCUCUCCAUAGAAAAGUCCUUUUCUUUUCUUCGUUUCCUCUUCUUUAUUUCCGGUUGCUAAAUCCGAUCUCUCAGAGGAACAUUUCGUUGAGAAAGAAAAAACAAACGAUGCCGUAUUGCGAGGUUGUGAAAGAACACGUCGACGCAGAAACGACGCUUAACAAUGCCGGCGUCAAGAUCUUCUACAGAACGUAUGGUCAUGGUCCUUCCAAAGCUCUUCUCAUCAUAGGUUUAGCUGGAACCCAUGAAUCCUGGGGACCUCAAAUCAAGGGAUUGACCGGAACGGAAAAACCCAACGAAGAAGACGAAGGAAUCGUUUCCGAUGAUUCACGAAUCGGCGAAGGCAUCGAAGUUUGCGCCUUUGACAAUCGUGGUAUGGGUCGAAGCUCUGUGCCUACCCACAAAUCAGAGUACACGACGACGAUAAUGGCAAAUGAUUCAAUUAAUUUGUUGGAUCAUUUGGGAUGGGAGAGAGCUCACAUAAUUGGGCACUCUAUGGGAGCAAUGAUAGCUUGCAAGUUAGCUGCAAUGGUGCCAGAACGGGUUCUUUCUCUAGCGUUGCUUAACGUUACAGGUGGAGGUUUCGAGUGUUUCCCCAAGCUUGACCGGCUAACGCUAUAUAUUGCGGUACGUUUUUGGAUGGCGAAGACCCCUGAACAAAGGGCAAAAGUUGAUUUGGACACACAUUAUUCACAGGAUUACCUAGAAGAACGCGUAGGAACUGACAGAAGACGGGAUGUGUUAUACCAGCAAUAUGUAAAAGGAAUAUCAGAAACUGGAAUGCAGUCCAAGCACGGGUUUGACGGACAACUUAAUGCUUGUUGGUUACAUAAACUCACAAAACCAGAGAUCGAACGGAUCCGCUCCGCUGGAUUUCUUGUCUCUGUCAUUCAUGGAAGACACGAUGUGAUUGCUCAGAUAUGCUACGCAAGAAGACUGGCACAAAAGCUAUUUCCUGUUGCUAGAAUGGUUGAUCUUCAUGGUGGUCAUCUUGUAAGCCAUGAGAGGACAGAAGAGGUUAAUAAAGCUCUUAUCGAGUUAAUCAAGGCGUCAGAAAUGAAGAAAACACCAACUGAUUGGACUAACCUCACCAUUGAAAAUCCAGGUUAUUUCAAGAGGAGGAUAGCAUUCAUUAGAAGCUCAUCAGAAGGCAAGAAUGCUGCCUCUCCUUCGUAUUUCCUCCUGGAAAAGUUUCAUCGCUGUCUACUUUUCCUCUUCGGGCUUCUGGUUUUGGCUUUUGAGUAUGCAAGAAAAGCUUUCAGGGUCGUAAAACCCGUCAAAGUUGGACCUUCUCUCACAUAACAAAAAAACCCUUCACAUAUUUCAAUUUGUCUACCAAGCAACUAUAUUGCAGUUUCUUCAAUGAUCAAGCUGAUGAAACAGAAACGCUCACAGAAGCUAGAGAAGGAGAGGCUGCUUUUAAAAAUGGAAGAGAGAUUACAAACUGUUAAAUAUACACAUGUAGAGAGGAUCAUUACAAACAUUUGUUCCACUGUACCUUGUUUACAAAUGUAAUAUUGUAAAGACACGGCAUAUAAAUCUCUAAUAUAAUUGUUCUUUCAAAGUU